UUGUUUUCUUCCUUUAAAUUGAUAUGAUUUUUCUCUUUCUUUUCUUCCCUUAUAUUGUCAUUAUUUAACAUAGCUCAAUUCUCUCUCACCCUUUGGUAAAUAUAUAUAAUUUUGACCUAUUUUAUAGCCUCCCCCAUCUGUUAUUUUCGUCAUCUGGGUUCCUUAUUUCACAUUCAUACGCAUCAACGUACGCGUCCCUUCAUUAUAUUCUCUAUGCACUGCUUCACCAUUAAAGAGAUACCAAAGCUUUGAUUUUUAUGAAUAUUCAAGGGUAAAUGGUUAGCAAAGGAAUGGCAUCAAGCUCUUGUCUUAAGCAAGGGUCAGUGCCAAUGAACAACAUUCGCAUUACCCCUGAAGCAACGUAUGAAGCUGUGGUUGCAGACCCUAAGCUUUUUAUGGGUUCCUUGGAAAGGCUACACACUCUCUUGGGUACCAAAUUCAUGGUUCCGAUUAUAGGAGGGAGAGAUUUGGACUUGCACAAGCUUUUCGUUGAGGUAACCUCCCGUGGUGGUAUCAAUAAGAUACUUCAUGAAAGGAGAUGGAAAGAAGUAACUGCUACAUUUGUGUUUCCUCCUACAGCAACAAAUGCAUCUUAUGUCCUGCGGAAAUACUACUUCUCGCUGCUUAACAACUAUGAGCAGAUCUAUUACUUCAGAUCCAAUGGCCAGAUUCCUCCAGACUCUCUGCAGACCCAAUCCGCUAGACCUGGACUUAUGCAGGGAACCAUCAGGCCUUCACAAGAGCUUCAAGCUUUAACCUUUACACCACAAUCAAGGGUCGAUUCUGGAGAUAUCCUCGGAGGAUCUUUAAAUGGUUCUACUGUGACUGGAGUGAUCGAUGGGAAAUUCGAAAACGGCUAUCUUGUAACUGUAACAAUGGGAACAGAGCAGCUCAAGGGAGUUCUGUACCAGCUCCUUCCAGAGAACACAGCUGCUCAUCAGACCCCGCAGCAGAGUCAAGGCGUCUUCCCCACCAAUGGCAAUCCUCAGGGGGUCACCGGAGGAGUGACAAAGCGCCGCAGGAGAAGAAAGAAGUCUGAGAUCAAAAGACGCGAUCCCGCUCAUCCCAAACCCAACAGAAGCGGUUACAACUUCUUUUUCCAGGAGCAGCACGCGAGGCUUAAACCGCUUCACCCUGGUAAGGACCGAGAGAUCAGCCGGAUGAUUGGUGAACUCUGGAACAAGCUCAAUGAACCCGAGAAAGCGGUUUACCAAGGGAUGGCAGCGACGGACAAAGAGCGGUAUCGAACUGAAAUGGUAGUUUACAAAGAGAAGCUCAGGACAGGACAGCUCAUAAGUAACGCUGUGCCACUGCAACAGAGGCUGCCAGAGCAAAACGUAGACAUGGCUGAAGCUGAUCUUCCAAUAGAAGAAGAAGUCGAAGAGGAAGAAGACGAAGAAGGCGAUUCAAGCGGUUGUUCAGACGAAAGCGAGCCACAUGAUGAUCAGAACGGUGAAUCUGACCCUGAACUGGAAGAGCCAUCCCUGAACCCUUCAGGUCUGAACCUUAACCCUAACCCUACUGAGAUAGUGGUGGCUCCUAAGGAGAAAACCGGCGAUGUCGUGAUGGAAGCAUCUCCAAUGAAGAAAGCUGAAGAGCCGACUGUGGCGGUGGCUGCUGAGCAGAACUGAAGAUCCUUCUCUUGUUUCUUUUCCUAGGCCACAAGUAAGGAGGCUAUAGAGAUGAUAGGGUUCAAGAUGGUUUACUUGUGGCACAAGACAAUCUCUAUUUUGCUUGGUGGUACUGUGAUUUGCAUUUUGUUAUUUUCUUUUAGUUUUCUUUGGCAACAAGACUUCUUUAGGAUUGAAUGGUUUUAGCAUUUUGCUGGACUUUUGGAAUGCUAAGCCUUGCGUUGUUGCAUAGGGUCUUCUUCUUUCAUAGACUUGACCAGUUGGUUUGGAAGAACAUAACUGAGUGAAAGAAAUUUAGGAUAUAUAUUUAUGGCUUAA